UGUGCACGCAGUCUUUGCCAUUUAGUUUUAAGACCAGCUAUUGAGGGCGCCCGUGCACAAAAAAGGAAAUCUUGCAUCUGGUGUGCAUCGCAGAGACUUUGGAAUCAGGAGACCUCGGCGUCGCUGGUCAUCCCACCUUGACCUUUUAAUCGCCUUCCACGUUCGUCUUAAUUCUUCGGGUUUCUGUCUGACAUCUGUGAACCCUCCUUCGUCUACCGGGCAGAAAUGUUGCGGCAGGAGAGCUUUCACGAACCGGGGAGAGUGCAGGAGAUAAUGCAUCAGGCUGCUCCAGACACCGGGGUCUAUCCCCUCUCUUCCCCGUUAGAGUCCGUGGAAUGAAGGCUUUAAGUUGGUAAAUCAUAGCGCUGUAGAUCAGAAAUCAUGUCGGUGCCUUUGCUGAAGAUUGGAGUUGUGCUCAGCACCAUGGCUAUGAUCACCAACUGGAUGUCCCAAACGCUGCCUUCCCUAGUGGGGCUCAAUACCACCAAGCUCACCGCGGCACAGGGAGGCUAUCCGGACAGGAGUACUGGAGUGUUGCCAGCCAACCCGGAGGAGUCGUGGCAGGUGUACAGCUCAGCCCAGGACAGCGAGGGCCGGUGCGUGUGUACGGUGGUGGCGCCGCAGCAGACCAUGUGCUCCAGAGACGCCCGCACCAAGCAGCUCCGCCAGCUCCUGGAGAAGGUGCAGAACAUGACCCAGUCCAUCCAGGUCCUGGACCAGCGGACGCAGCGGGACCUGCAGUACGUGGUGAAGAUGGAGGACCAGCUGCGAGGUCUGGAGACCAAGUUCAAACAGGUGGAGGAGAACCACAAGCAGAACAUCGCCAAGCAAUACAAGGCCAUAAAGACGAAAAUGGCGGAGCUUAGGCCUCUGAUACCGGUGUUGGAGGAGUACAAGGCGGAUGCCAAGUUGGUUUUGCAGUUUAAGGAGGAGGUGCAGAACCUGACGGGGGUGCUGGGCGAGCUGCAGCGGGAGCUGGGGGCCUAUGACUACGACGAGCUGCACAGCCGCGUCAAUAACCUAGAGGAGAGGCUGCGCGCCUGCGUGCAGAAAUUAGCGUGCGGUAAGCUGGUGGGUAUUGGUGAGCCCAUCACCAUUAAGGCCUCUGGCUCCCGCUUCGGCUCCUGGAUGACCGACCCCCUUGCUCCUGAGGGAGACACACGGGUGUGGUACAUGGACGGCUACCACAACAACCGCUUUGUGCGCGAGUACCGCUCCAUGUCCGACUUCAUGAGCACGGACAACUUCACGUCCCACCGCCUGCCGCACCCCUGGUCGGGCACGGGCCAGGUGGUCUACAACAACUCCAUCUACUUCAACAAGUUCCAGAGCCACGUCAUCAUCAAGUUCGACUUCCGCACCUCCACCAUCAGCAAGUCGCAGCGGCUGGACAACGCCGGCUUCAGCAACUCCUACCACUACGCCUGGGGCGGCCACUCGGACAUCGACCUGAUGGUGGACGAGGGCGGCCUGUGGGCCGUCUACGCCACCAACCAGAACGCCGGCAACAUCGUCAUCGCCAAGCUCAACCCCGCCACGCUGCAGAUCGUGCGCUCCUGGAACACCAACCACCCCAAGCGCAGCGCCGGCGAGGCCUUCAUGAUCUGCGGCACGCUCUACGUCACCAACGGCUACUCUGGCGGAACCAAGGUCUACUACGCCUACCACACCAACUCCUCCACCUACGAGUACAUCGACAUCGCCUUGCAGAACAAGUACUCGCACAUCUCCAUGCUGGACUACAACCCGCGCGACCGCGCGCUAUACGCCUGGAACAAUGGCCACCAGGUGCUCUACAACGUCACGCUGUUCCACGUCAUUGGCUCCGAGGAGCUGUAACUGUCGUCAGUGGAGAGUGUGGACAUGCAGGAGCUCCAGUGGAAUGGAGGAAUUGAGGAGUAUCUUCUGUGGAAUGUCAUGAACACAAGCCUUGAAAGAGUGCUGGAUUAGUAUAUUUAUAUGUGGUUGUGCGUGUGUACAUCAAAGUGUGUGUGUGUGUGGGUGUGUGGGUGGAACAUUCAACAUUCGUGGAACGCAUGAAAUGUGGAUUACUGUGACGUCAAGGCUGUUUAGCUGAGGACACAGGACAAAGUCGUAUACGGACGGUUAGCAAACCAAAAAGAAAAAGAAGAAGAGAUGGAACAUUAUUUAAUAUAUGUAGAGAGGAGUAUGAAACAUUAUUAGAGAGAAGACUGGAUAAAUUAUGUCAGCAAACAGAUGCCAAAUAAUGUUACGCCUUUUUUCUACAACAUGAGAAUCAUUCCAUCGGCUUUGUUUCUGUUGUGACAAUCGCCUCUCCUUCACGCU